AUGGAGUCCGACCCUAUUCAAUUAGAGCACCAGACCGCUCCCGAAAGUACUCGAGGUCUUUUUGACCCUCCCGAACGCAAGCCUUCGCCACCCCAAGGCGCGUCUUCAUCGCCACCGCGGGCAGCACCACCUCCUUCGUCGUCCAACUCGUCGUCGAGCAUCGUAGAUAAGCGCCGCUCGUUUAACACCUAUGCCCCACUCCUCGAAAAAUCAACCGCGCCACCCAACAAGGAUCGCCCGUUUACACGUGGUCAUCAACGCUCGCGCUCGGCCGUGAUGCUCACCAACUCUGGAUCCCGCAAAAGUUUCGGAUUGCAACCCCUGUCUGAAGAAUCCGAGGACAAAAAGGUCACCGUCGACUCGCUUCAGGACAUGAUCAACACCUUAAAAGGUCUGCCUCCUGUCAUGCUCAAGGAGAAUACGAACGGCGCUACAGCCCGCUCUAACAGCAUCAGCGGUGCUACCAAUAAUGGUAGCACAUCAUCAUCAACAUCGAGUUACAGUCGUCGGCUUUCACUCGGAAACGGCAUCAGUGGGCCAGAUACGAUGCAGAACAUGGUCCAAAAUACAGUGCAGGAGCUCCGUAAUAUUGACAAAAGUGCGCGCAGACGUAGCCGACGUGCGAGUAGCAUGACAAGUACUUUGGAAGCAUCUGUCGCUUUGCGUGACGUUGCGCUGGCUGAAGCGGAAGCGAAGUUGAUGGGCACAUUUGCAAAGAUCGAAGGCACCAGUGUAGAUCAAAAGCAAGGGAAAGGACAAGAAGAAGUGGACUACGACGACGAUGACGAUGAUGACGGCGAUGAGCCUUCCAUUAAAGAAAUGUUGAUGAGCAUGCCGAGACGUCAUUCCACCUCCAGACAUGUCGGAUUGAAUGAAGAGAAUGUGGCUCCAAUCAGAACGGCAAGUCGCCGUCGUUACUCUGAAUCGUCUGGCAACAGUUUUGAUAUGUCGUCUCUUCCUGGAGCCGGCGGUAAACGUACGUCGUUGCAGCAGUUACCAACCUUGUCCGAAAAUGCAGAAAUGUUUGGAUCCGGUAAGGGUGCGCGUCGUCUCACCUUCAACAAGCCCUUGACGCUGGAGGAUAGCAACAAGAAGAUCUCGCAUAGCCGCCGAUCCUCGCGUAAUUUGGACUAUGAUUGGCGUUCGAGCUCGGUACCCACUUUACCUCCGCUCGCCACCCAUCAGUCGUUCAACUUGGUGCCAUUCACACCUACGCGCGUCAGUUUUGCCAAGGAUGAUGCCAAUCCUCACCAACGGCGCCCGCUCUUUAUUGCGCACUUGCCCUUCUCUGCCUUACCUCCGUUGUUCCGCUCGCGCCAACUUGUUCGUGGCAUCUUGCGCGUCAACAAACGUAACCGAAGCGAUGCCUAUGUAUGGUGCGAGGAUUUGGAUGCCGAUGUGUACGUGUGCGGUUCGCGCGACCGUAACCGUGCAUUGGAAGGUGAUGUAGUUGCAGUGCGUCUUGCUGAUGUUGAAAAGGUACUGCGUGAAAAGAAAGAAAAGGAAGAAGCCAAGUUGGUACGCAACGGUGGCCAAACACGCACACGCAUGCCGGAUGAAGAGGAUGAAAAUGAGAUUAUUUUCGGCGGGGAUGAUGAUAUCGAUACGGCCAAGCCAAAGUAUUCUGGCGUGGUUGUGGCUGUUUUGGAACGUGCGCAGAAUCAAGACUUCUCGGGAACACUGACAUUGAUGCGACCCAACAAUAAGCGCGCUCAGGAAGAAAAGGCAGCCGAAGAAGCCCGGUUAGCAGAAGGCGAUACUCCCAAAAAGGAAGCUCCUCGCAUUGUUUGGUUCAAGGCCACGGAUAAGCGUGUUCCAUUGAUCGCCAUCCCAAUAGAGCAGGCGCCAGCUGACUUUGUGGACAACAAUGAUGCUUACAGAAACCGUUUGUUCGUGGGCUCGAUCAAGCGAUGGCCGAUCACGUCGUUACAUCCGUUUGGUUAUCUCGAGCGAGAAUUGGGUCAGGUCACAGAUCUGGACGUGCAGGUCAUGGCCAUUCUUGCUGACAACAAUGUAUCUGAACUACCGUUCUCCGACGCGGUCAUGUCGUGCUUGCCAGCCAAUGCUGCUACGUGUGAGCUAUCAGCAGCCGAGUUAAAGGAUCGCCGCGAUUACACCGACCAGCGCAUGUUUACGAUUGACCCAGCUGGUUCCAAUGCACUGGAUGAUGCAUUUUCGGUUCGCAAAUUGAGUGAAGACACGUUUGAAGUAGGUGUCCAUGUUAGCGAUGUGACGCAUUAUAUCGUUCCACAUUCAGCCAUGGACAAAGAGGCACGUGCUCGUGGCGUCCGUGUGGAUCUUCAGCACAAGUUUGUGCCCAUGUUGCCUGGUGAGCUCACUGAUCAAGUGACGAACUUGGAUCCUGGUAAAAAGAGAUUGGCCAUUUCGGUGGUAUGGACCAUCACUUCCAAAGGCAAGAUCCUGGAUACUUGGAUUGGCAAGACCGUUGUCCGAUCGGAUGCCCAGUUGUCACAUCAAGACGCACAGAAGGCCAUAGACAGCGAAUCGCUUCUUGAGCGUGUAUCCGAUAACUCUGAUCUUUGCCAAGGUGUUGAGCAAGAUAUCCGCACGCUCGCCAAGAUUGGAUCUGCUAUGCGUGAUAUGAGAUUGGAGGAAGGCGGCGCAAUGACCCAGAUGCGCGACGAAUUGGAAUUCACGUUUGAGUAUGGUCAUCAGAUUGCCCCAUCCAACGUCUCCACAUAUACUCGUCCUGCAGCAGCGACAUACAUGAAAGAAUUUUUGCUGCAAGCCAACAUUAGUGUGGCACAAAAGAUCUCCAGCCAUUUACCCGAACAAGCAUUGUGUCGUCGCCAACCGCCUCCCGUGGACCGCAAGAUUCGCGAACUGGAAGCAUAUGCAGCUCGUCACUUAGGCGUCAGCUUGGAUGUGUCCAAUGCAAGCACUAUUGAGCACUCGAUCACUUCGAUCCACGAUGCUCCUCUUCGCAAGCUAGUGACUUCGAUUUUGCUCAAGACAUUCAACUCACCCAAAUACUAUUGCACUGGCACUCUUGAUAUCCUGAAAUAUUCCCAUUACGCGCUUAAUGUUCCGCUUUUUACCCAUUUCACGGCACCCAGUCGUCGCUACGCGGACAUUAUUGUUCACCGUCAACUUGACUCGGUUCUCAACGAUGAUAAACAAUUCUACCUUGAUCGCGAUACUGUGCAAAAGUUAGCACAGCACUGUAACGUGAAAAAGAACGCAGCGCGUGUUACCCGAGAACAGACCAGCUUGCUAUUCCUGUCGCGUUACUUGUGUGCCAAGCAACAACCGCCUACAGACAGCAUUGUGGUGUUUCGCGACGCUACCGUGGUGGCUGUGUUUGACCAAUACUUCGAUGUACUGGUGCCCGAUUUGAAUAUUGAGAAACGGGUUCACUUGGCACACUUGCCUGUCUGGCGGUCCAACUUUGACGAACAAUUAAACGCGUUGACACUGUAUUGGAAAAAGGGCGUAGCCACACCCACAGGCCAUCAUCAGACUUACGAAUCGGAAGACGAGGACGAGCUGGAUGAGGAAGCACUUAUUGAAGAAAUGAAGCAAGAGAUUACAGCUGCACCUGCUGUCGUGCCAACAUCCAAGCUCAAUAAGAAGGACGGGGAACAAAAGCAGCAGGAACAAGAGGUGCGACGACCUGUGGGUAGACGAGCAUCAGUUUUGCGUACAAGAUUGUCGGAUAGCACAGGUUACAGCACCGAACAAUCGUCCCAAACUCUUAAAGCACUUGACAGAAUCAAGGUUGCUGUGAUUGUGGAAACCAUCAAGCCGCCCCCGGUUGUGCGUGUGUUGGCUGCCAAUCCUUUUGCCUAA